GGUUUUCCCCAACGGCCAUGUUUUUUCCAUGUUAGGAGAAACUACAUUUCCCAUAAUCCUUUCUUCCAGGGUUGCGGCGCCUCUAGGCUCCGGAAUCGCUGGCGGCUGGGACUGCGGGACCUACAGCCGACAUGGCUCUCUUCGCUGGAUCGGUGUUGGGCCCCGCGUGUAGAUCGACAGCGUUGCUGGGCGGCAGGUGGCUUCAACCCCGGGCCUGGCUGGGAUGCCCGGACGCCUGGGGCCUCCCCACCCCGCAGCAGGCCCGGGGCAAGGCUCGCGGUAACGAAUAUCAGCCGAGCAAUAUCAAACGCAAGCACAAGCACGGCUGGAUCCGGCGCCUGAGCACGCCGGCCGGCGUCCAGGUCAUCCUUCGUCGAAUGCUCAAGGGCCGUAAGUCGCUGAGCCACUGAGGAUCGCGACGCUGCUGGCCGGACCCCCGUGAAAGCAUCGCCUCGCCUUGGACCUUGCCUGGCGCUGUUUUUGCAGGGAGCUGGGGAGCAGGAACGCCUCGGACCUGAGUGUUCUUCGUAUUGUGGCGUUAAAGUCUGGAUGGGAACUUGCCAAAUCCCUUUUUAGGCUUUUGAAUUAGGAAGAAUGUCGAACCUGCGCAACAGACCGCAGGACAGUACAACGAACCGCCGUGUACCCAGUACACAGCUCUGACCACCAACUACCUACAACCCAUCCCUGCCCCAGCCUAGAUUCUUUUCCAGUGUAUCUCAGUCAUCAGAUUAUUUCUUCUGUAAAUAUUCCAGAAUGGAUCUCUCCACGAUAAGAGCUCAUGAAAACGUAAUUACAAAGCUUAUUACAUCCAAAAGAAUUAUCAAUAAUUUUGAAAUAUUAUUAAAUGUGUAAUAAAUGUUCAAAGUUUCACUUG